AUGGUCAUGCAGCCAACGACUCGGCUGACACGAUAUUCAGAUCUAUCUAUCUAUCUAUCUAUCUAUCUAUCUAUCUAUCUAUCUAUCUAUCUAUCUAUCUAUCUAUCAACUCCAGAUGUAUUACGUACUUACGUUCGUAUCUAUCUAUCUAUCUAUCUAUCUAUCUAUCUAUCUAUCUAUCUAAUAACACCUGAUGUAUCCAUCUAUGUAUGUAUGUACAUCUAUCUCUAUCUAUCUAUCUAUCUAUCUAUCUAUCUAUCUAUCAUCUAUCUAUCUACCAGAUAUAUGCCAACAUUUUUCUUAUUUUCCACUUCUUUCUUGCUUACUGUUUCCUCCUUUUUCUUUCUUUCUUUCUUUCUUUCUUUCUUUCUUUCUUUCUUUCUUUCUUCCUCCUCCUUUCUUUUUGUUUUUCUUUCUUCAUCCUCUUUCUUUCUUCCCCCUCACCUCUUUCUUUUUUUCUUUCUCUUCUUUCUUUCUUUCUUUCUUUCUUCUUUCUUCUUUCUCCUUCCCAUCUUACUUUAUUUCUCCUACUCUCUCUUUCUUUUCCUCUUUCUUUCUUUCUUUUCCCAUCCUUUUUCUUUCUUUCUCCCCACCCUCUUUCUUUCUUUUUCUUUCUCUUCUUUCUUUCAUUGUUCUUUCUCGUUCUCUUUAUUUAUUUCUUCUACUCUUUCUUUCUUUCCUCCUCUUUCUUCCUCAUUUUCUUUCUUAUUUCCGCUCUCUUUCUUUCUUUCUUUCUUUCUUUCCUCCGCUUUCUUUCUUGCUUUUGUCAUUCAUGCUCAUUCUUUUUUGCCUUUUCUUUCGUUUCUCCUCCUCUCCCUUUAUUUAUUUCCCCCUCUUUCUAUCUGUUUCUUUCUUCCUCCUCCUCUUUCUUUCUUGCUUUUUUUCUUUCCUUCUCAUCCUCUUUAUUUCUUACUUUUUUUCUUCACAAUUAAUUACUCCUCCUUUUUAUUUCUACUUUUCUUACUACACAUUAGAAGCCAAGAGGGCGCGUUUAAGAAAUUAAAAACCGAAGGGAGCAGCAGUAGCAGCAGCAGCGGAGGCGGAGGCGGCGGCGGCGGUGGUGGUGGUGGUGGGGGCGGGUCAGGUCCCGUGAGCAGUAUGGGGACCAGCUCGGGCCUUGGCGCCGCGGUGCAACAUGGUAACACCUCGACGGGUACAUGCCCAACUCCAGCCAGACGAAGACAUCGGACCACUUUCACCCAGGAACAGCUUCAAGAACUGGAGGCUGCCUUCGCCAAAAGCCACUACCCUGACAUAUACUGCCGGGAGGAACUCGCCCGGAUCACGAAACUCAACGAGGCACGCAUACAGAACAAGCCCGCAAGCAAUCAGUCUCUCUCUCUCUCUCUCUCUCUCUCUCUCUCUCUAUUUCUUUCUUUCUUUUGCGGGGAGGAAGGGGUGGCAAGAGAUGGAUUGUUAUAUUAUUCUUGUUAUAGGUAUCGUUUCUCUGGAAAGCUCAAUGAAUACAUUAUUAUUAUCGCGACCCAUCCCGCUCCUUACUUUUCUCGCACUCCCGGGCCCUUAUACGUCUCCACCAAAUGUCUCGUGUGUUUGGAGGGCGUGUCACAUUUAAGGACACAGCGGGAUUCGUUUCGGCAAUUAUUACGUUUCCUGCUCUUUCGCGAGACACGCGUCAAAACGACAGCGGCACGCUCCUGA